AUGAGCUUGACCUCGCGCGUAUUCAGCUUGUUUACGCCGACCGACAGUUCCUCAGAGUCCUCAGUACCAGGGUUCCUUUCCACCAACACCAACAAUGCCGUACAGGCAACGAGUCCGAUAACGACAGAAUCCAAUGUCCAGACACACAAUGGACAGUCCGACCUGGAAGAGGAGGAACCUCGCCCUCCGUAUCUACAUGCAAUGCUUGCUGGAGGUACAGGCGGUACCUGUGGUGAUAUGCUCAUGCAUUCAUUAGAUACGGUCAAGACGCGGCAACAGGGCGAUCCUCACUUUCCUCCCAGAUAUACUUCAAUGACCUCAUCGUAUGCGACAAUCUACCGGCAAGAAGGAAUUUUACGCGGGCUGUAUGGAGGUGUUACACCUGCGCUACUUGGGUCAUUUCCGGGAACACUGAUCUUCUUCGGCGUCUACGAGUUUACGAAACGGAAAAUGCUGGACGCGGGAAUCAAUGCCAAUGUGGCGUACUUGUCUGGUGGAUUCUUCGCCGAUCUGGCUGCUUCUAUCGUUUAUGUCCCUUCAGAGGUCUUGAAGACGCGGCUACAACUGCAGGGCCGUUAUAACAACCCCUAUUUCAAAUCUGGAUAUAAUUACCGCUCUACAACGGAUGCUUUCCGCACGAUUGUCCGACAGGAAGGAUUCUCCGCGCUCUUCUACGGAUACAAGGCCACUAUUUUCCGUGAUCUUCCAUUCUCGGCCCUACAAUUCGCCUUUUAUGAGCAGGAACAGCGGAUAGCGAAGGAAUGGGUCGGCUCAAGAGAGAUUGGUCUGGGUCUGGAGGUCUUCACAGCUGUGACUGCUGGUGGAAUGGCGGGUGUCCUGACCUGCCCUAUGGAUGUGGUGAAGACGCGGAUUCAAACUCAGCAGAACACAGAACCCGCUCAGACAGCACCGCCCAAACCUCAGAUGGACCAGAAAUCCAAAACAGGUGUGCGAACACAAUCGCGGGCGAUUUCUACAACGGCGCCUGUGUCUUCUCCGGCCCCGCCUGGACAAAUGCCACUCGACACCUCAUCGUUCUUCAAGGGCCUGCGGAUGAUUUACCAGACAGAAGGCAUUGCAGGAUGGUUCAGAGGCGUCGGCCCACGUGGAGUUUGGACCAGUAUUCAGAGCGGCACGAUGCUGGUCAUGUACCAAUACCUGCUCAAACAGUUCGAGGCAUUCGAGAACCUCGAGGAUUCGAAUCCCCUCUAG